GAGCCAAGUUCUGGCUUGUGUUAUCAUGUUGGAUCUUAACUACAAGAGGUCUUUCGAUUUGCCCAGGUUCUACCUUGUCGCGCAGGUUAAUAAAUGGGGACGUUCCACUUAACAAUCCAGCUCAAUCAGUGGCACUGCAACUACAAUGA